AUGGCUACGAACCUGUAUGAUGUUGUCAUCAUCGGUGCUGGACCUGUUGGGUUGAUGCUUUCGACUUGCUUGUCGAGAUGGGGAUACAAGAUCAAGCACAUCGACAACCGGGCUGAGCCCACGGCUACCGGACGCGCAGAUGGCAUUCAGCCACGUUCUAUGGAAUUAUUACGGAAUAUGGGUCUGAAGCGUAAGAUCAUGGAAUAUGAGCCCGCGAAGGUGUACGAGGUUGCUUUCUGGGAUCCGAGCGCGAAGGGCAUCCACAGGACGGGAACUUGGGCUUCUUGCCCCAAAUUCAUUGAUGCGAGGCAUCCCUUUACGACACUGUUACACCAAGGCCUGAUCGAGAGGGUGUUCAUUGAUGACAUCGAGAAGAACGGUACCCAUGUUCAGAGGCCAUGGACUAUCACUGGCUUUAAGAAUGAUGGUGCGGAUGCCACAUACCCGGUAGAAGUAAAGCUGGCACAUGUAGACGGUACAGCUUCAGAGACUGUGCGCGCAAAGUACCUCUUCAGCGGCGAAGGAGCUAGGAGUUUCGUUCGAGAGCAGCUCAAGAUUGGCAUCAAGUACAAGGAUCCGAUUGCCCACGUCUGGGGUGUUAUGGAUGGCGUAGUCCGAACGAACUUCCCCGAUAUCAAGAUGAAAUGCACGAUCCACUCAGACGCCGGCUCCAUCAUGGUCAUCCCCCGUGAGAACAACAUGGUCCGCCUGUACAUCCAAAUCGCCUCUUCCACCGACAAAGACUGGAACCCUCGCAAAUCUGCAACUGUAGAAGAAGUCCAACAGCACGCCAAAGACAUCCUAAAGCCCUACACCAUCUCCUGGGACCGCGUGGAAUGGUACUCGGUCUACCCAAUAGGCCAAGGCAUCGCAGAGCGCUACACCCUCGAUGAACGCGUCUUCAUGGGCGGCGACGCCUGCCACACGCACUCCCCCAAAGCCGGACAGGGCAUGAACACCGCCUUCCUCGACGCCGUGAACCUCGCCUGGAAAAUCCACCACGUAGAAAGUGGCUUCGCCCCGCGCAGCCUGCUCUCCACCUACGAAUCCGAGCGUAAGCUCAUCGCAGAGAACCUCCUCGACUUCGACGCCCGCUACUCAAAGCUCUUCUCCGCGCGCAUCCCCUCCGCCGGCGAAGUAGCAGGCGCCUCCUCCGACAGCCAAGCCGACGAAAACGAGUUCAUCAAGACCUUCAAAGCGUCCUGUGAAUUCACCUCCGGCUACGGCGUAGCCUACAACCCCAACACCAUAAACUGGGGCCCCUCGCACCCAGCGCAACACCCCCUGAUCCUCGCCCACGAAAAAGGCACCGCCCUCCGCACCGGCCGCACCCUGCACAACGCAACCGUAACCCGCGUCGUAGACGCCAACGUCGUGCACCUCGAGCAGGAAAUCCCGCUCAACGGCUCUUACAGACUGUACAUCUUCGGCGGCGCUCUCGUCAGGACGAAAGCUGCGCUGAGGGAUCUGGCCACGCACAUGGCGAACCCGACGAGCUUUUACUCGACGUAUGCGCAUAAGGAUAAGGACGUAGAUAGGUACCAUGAGAAACACACGCCGCAUACUGACUUUCUGUCGCUCGCUACUAUCUUCUCGGAGGCGCGCUCUGCGGUCGAGAUCUCUGCCCUGCCGGAUGUCUUCGCCACAUACAGAGACCACGUCUACGCUGACGACGUGUGGGACCAGCGCGUCCCCGAUGCCAAAGCUGCGGCGCACGCGAAGAUGGGGCUGGAUGGGGAGAAGGGCGGGGUGGUUGUUGUGCGGCCGGAUGGGUAUGUAGGCGUGGUAGUGAGGCUGGAGGAGGGCAGCGGCACCUGCGAGGCGCUGAACAAGUACUUCAGUGCUGUGACGGGGCGGAAGAUGGGGGAGGAGCGGGCGAGUCUGUAG